UAGGUUAAAUGAUUGUGUACAAAUUUUUAAGUGUCAUAUUUUUACAGUGAAAAUUGAUGUGUUGCUUUAAAUAUUUUUUGUUAUUUUUAGUGCUGCCAUUCAAUGCUGUUUUUAUGAGUUAACCUACGGUAGUUGAAAAUUUGAAAGUUUUAUUUAAGGGCCCCGCCUACCUCGUCACACACACGUUGAGCAGAGCUUCAAAAGAAACCACAGCAUUUGAAAAAGCUGUGAUGUCACCAUGGCAUCCAGCGACGCUCAAGAUCUUCCGGUGGAUGACGACUCUGAGUCGGACAGCAAUACUGUUCACAACGGCUCUGUAAUAUCGACAGUACCUGAUCGCCAUGGUUUCCUGGGUGGAACUCAGUAUUCAACGGAUGCAAAGCAGUCCAUUUCACCAAAUGUUAUGCUUCGUAGAGAACAAAAAUGGUUGCAUAUGUUCAAACACUGGGAACAAUUUAUGGAAAAAAAUUAUAAGUUGGUGCGUGACAGGUGUAGGAAAGGAAUUCCAUCAUCAGUGCGUCCCAGAGCUUGGCUGUUUCUUUGCGGGGGAAAAGUGGUUUUGGACAAAAGUAACAAUAUGUUCUACAAUUUGAAACAGCAGAAGGGUGAUGCUCGGUGGAUUGAUGAUAUAAAGAAAGAUCUUCAUCGUCAGUUUCCAUAUCAUGAGAUGUUUGUAGAUCAAGAAGGAAAUGGGCAGAAAGACUUGUUUGAAGUGCUGAAGGCGUACUCGAUCCGGAACAAGUCUGUUGGAUACAGCCAAGCUCAAGCGCCAAUCGCUGCGUUCCUUCUGAUGCACAUGCCUGCGGAGCAAGCCUUCUGGUGCCUCGUGUCAAUCUGUGAUAAUUACUUGGUGGGCUAUUACAGUCCAGGCAUGGAAACUCUUCAACUUGAUGGAGAUAUUCUAUUUGGUUUACUGAAGAAGGUAGCUCCAAAUGUUUACAAGCAUUUGAAAAAACAAAAGGUUGAUCCAAUAUUGUACAUGACUGAAUGGUUUUUGUGUGUUUUUACGAGGACACUACCCUGGGACUCAAUUCUGCGCGUGUGGGAUAUGUUUCUGUGCGAAGGAGUAAAAAUCAUUUUCAAAGUAGCUCUUAUACUGCUGAAAUUCAGUCUGGGGCAGACAGGAGUAAUGAAGAAAUGCCCUACGAUGUAUGAAACACUGGAAGUGCUUCGUAAUCCCCCUCAAGAAAUAAUGGAAGAAAGAUUUCUUGUUACCCAAAUUUUACGUGUUAAUUUAACAGAAGAAGACUUUGCUCGUGAACACAAGCGUCAGUUAGUAAAACGGCAGGCAGCAACUGCCCUCAGUGCAAAGAAGAAUAGGCAACAGAAGUGACUUGGCAGAAUUCUGCAAAUUUGGAAAAAUAUUUCUAAACAAGUGGUAUUAGACUGUUAUAUUUUUAAGGCAUUCUACAUAACUAUUUAUUUCAGAAAAGAAAUAAAUAUUCUAGGUAGUUUCUAUUUUCAUUCCAUUUUUAAAAAUGGUCGUAUUGUAAAAUAAUGAAGAAGUGAUGCAAUCCAACGUUUUUAUACAGUUAUGAAAAAUACACAGAAAAGUUCAGAGUUAAUACCUAAGUUUGUAAAUUUAAUUUAUUAUUAUAUUACGUUAAAAUAAAUAUAAGUUUUUAGAAAGUAAAUAUAUUAAAAAUGCCUAAAACUUGAUUAAUUUGAAUAAAUCACGUUGUUAAAAGUCUCAAAAAUAGUACAUGUGGAUACUAUUUUUUUUCUGAGGUAUAAGCAUCUUUUGAAGAUAAAACUUUCCUAUUGUACCACUGCUGAAUGUAUUCAAAACCAGCAGUAAUUGCUUAUUUUCAAACAUUGUUUCUCUAUAUUUUUUAAAAUUUUAUAGUGUAUUUUAUUUAAAUUUAAAAACCAUUAUGUUAUUUAAAGCCAUUUCAAGAAAUAAUAAUGGUUCUACCAAUUUUAUGUUUAUUUUUUGCAUAGGUUAAUUAAAAUAUACAACUGUAGUUUGAAAAAAAAAUUAUAAUACAGUUUUUUUUAGAGGUCUCUAGAUGGUGUAUGGAAUGUCACAUUUUUUUUCACUUACAAUCACUUAUGUAUAAAAUUAUCAGAUUUCUAAAUCAGAAAAAAAUUAAAAACUGAUAUUUACUAUAGAAAUAUAUUACUAUUUAGAUCUUUCUUUACCUUAUAGUGGUUUUUGAGAAUUUUAUUAAAAAUUGAAUCUCUCACCAAGAUUAAUACUUUUUUUUUUAUAAGGUUUUAGUUUAAAUUUGAACCAGUAGGGUGACUAAGCAGUCAAAUCAAAAUUUUGCAAAAGCCAUUACAAUUCGAGAUUGUAUCUAGGGUCUUAAAGAAGUAGUUUUACCCCAUUAACAUUUUUUUAGACAUUAAAGAGGAAAAUUUUGCGUUCUUCUAUUGCAAAAUAAAUUGUUUUCCAUCACUAUUUAAACUUCCUGCAUUUAUAUUUACUGGAAAUAUUUGGUACGAAUAUCUCUGUUAAAAGUGCUUAGUAAUUAAUGCUCAAGGUAUUUUAAAUUUUUCUUCAGAACAGUUGGCAGGCCAAGGAUUUUUAUUUAAAUUCAAUAUUUUUUUCUACAAUGCCAUUGACAAACUUUAUGUUUUCCUUCCCUAGGGAAUACCUUCUCUUUUUUACAGAUAACAUUUGAAAGUAUGAUAUUAUUUUCUAUGAAGUUAAAUAAAAGGUUGAUAGUAAAAGUAAUGAUAACAUACUGUUUAAUGGACAUCUUGUUUCGGUACAUAAUCGUGGGAAGCAGCUGAUACUGUACACACAAGGCUCAGAAGAUAAUAUGCUAGCAUGGGAAAGAUAGUGUGUAUGUUUUAUCUGCAUGCAUGGGAAUGUAUUUAGAAUUGUUAGAGGACUGUGUUUACAUGUCUGAAUUAUCCAGAAGUUUCACAGAUUUGUAUUUCAAUGUGAAUACUGGUUAUUAUUCAGGAAUACAGGUAAAUAGAAAUCAGUGCGCUGGUAAAAAGCAUGCUUACCUGCCUAAUAUGUCUGACAUGGACAGAUGUUAGCUCCAGUUACAAUUUAAAUUGGCCUCUAUAGUAUAAUACAUGUUCAUUAUUAAAGGGCAGUACAACAUAGAACAACUCUUCUUUUAAGUCAUGUUGGUCCUCAUUUAGCUAUGAAAAAAUACACUACUGUAUUUAUUCCUUCUUAAAUCAGUUGCCAAAACUAUGCAAAAUAAAUAUGCUGAAAAUUUAUGAGAUCUUUAUAUGGGCCCAUACCCCAUGCAGUUAUAGGCCUUUAGAGCCAAUAAAGGUUUUUACUAUGGUUUCUUAUGAAGGAUUUACAGAUGAAUUUUAUUUUUGGUAACAAAACUUGUUCAAAUUACUCAAGUGUUCCAUCACAGUGCAUUAUUCUGAUUCAAUGAAGAGCAACAAUCCUUUCUGACAAGUAGUAAAAGGACUUCACCCAUUAAAAUUUUUAUAUUUAAUAUAUCUAUACGUAGGUACACUGUGUGAUUUUUUUCAUAUUAAUAAAUUGCUUAUGAAGAAAUUUUUGAGCAAUGAGUGAAAUUUACAACUGAAAUUUUACCUUUUGCAUUGAAUUUUUUGUUACAUAUCAUAUUUAUAAAUGUAACAAAUUUCAUAACUAAUUUUUUUUUUGUUUAUACCAUUGAGUGUGUUAGGCUUGGUUAAUUCCAUUUCUAGUGUUAAAAUUUUACUGAUGCAUGAUUGUAUGCAAUGUCGCGGGGCAAUUCUUCCAUUAGCAGUCUUUUCCAAUUACAAGUUUUUGUGAUGGAAAAUCAAGAUUUUGACUUUAUCAUGUUACAGCUAGUAGAAAAAAUUGAAAAUUUCUAAAUCACUCACCUUCAUUCACUAAAAAAAUUAGACGUUAUCAAAAUGCUGCUGCCCUUGAUGCAGUUACAGUUACAAUGGGUUUUACGAUAAAAGUUGUAUUUGCGUGAUUUACACCAGUACAAGUUUUUUUUUUUGUUAUUUUAAGCUAUAGAAAAAUAUAGAAAACUUACUGCAGUUUUUAGUAAAAAAAAUUGGUUUUAAUUUGGCUCUGUUGAAAUUAAUUUUUGUGUAACUUGUGAUUAAAGUAAAUGAGGCAUUCAGUACACCAGCUUGAAACAUUCCGCAAAACAGUGACAAGCAAAGUGUCUUGUAAAUCAGUUAGAAACAUUUAAACAUGUUAAGUAUCUGUGGGAAGAUAAAAAUUAUAAUUUUUUAUUUUGUGUUAUUUUGGUACAUUAAGGUAUGUUAAGAGAGAGAUUCAGUAAGCUAAGGCCAUAUACUUUACAAUAACAUAUAUUUUUACCAUUUGCAAAAUAUUUUCUAUGUAUUCAGUGCUAUUAAUUGUCUGUAAGGUACUGAAUGAAUCCUUGGGUUUUUUUGGUGGAGUGAUUCAUUCUGAGAAGUUUUGCAGUCAGGGUUGACAGAAUAUAAAUGAAAUCUAAGCGUGGUAACGCAUGGCCUUAGUUUACUUACAUGUGUUUUUUUUAUUACAAGUAAUUUGUACCUUCUUGUUUAAAAAAAUAUCUUUCACUCUUCAAUGAAGCUGAGAGAACUGAGGACAGUAAGCAUAAAUAGGACCAUGUUUAUAAUAUGUGCCAAAUGUUUGUUAAACUAUAUUUUAGAAUAUAAGAAGUGUUAUAAUGUGGAAUAUUAUUAUUUUUAUUUACACUUAAGCUUUUACGAAACACAUACUAGUUUAGUGUAAGCAUUGAUAACAUCUGAUGCCUCAUUUCAUGGUGUAGUUUUCAUUUCUUCUUGGAUACUUCUUGUGAAUAGCCAGAGUAUUAACGGACUCUGAUGUCUGCUUGCGAGCCAGUGUUGUUGUUUUUUUUUAAUGAAAUUUAAAUAAUGCUCUACACUCAGGUAGGUCAAUAAAUCUCAAGGCUUCAAAUUUAAUUUAUGUUCAUUUUUUAGUUACUUAUUUUUAUUGUAUUUUUCAGCCUCUUAGAGCCAGUUUUACCACCACUAUCUGAAACUGAAAGUUAGCCAGCUUGAAAAUUAGGCUACCAUUCUGCCACACAGAUAAGAGUUAUUACCUCUGUUUUGAAACCUUCUUGUUUUGCAUAGGCAGGAACAGGUUUGAUUGUACAUAUGUUGACAAUGAAAACUACUUAAGUUAUUUACUUCUUUGCCACCAUUAAAAUUGUUUAUCCUAAAACUAUUUAACAAAGUAAUGAUUGUAGUUUUCAUGUAUCGAUAAGUAUGAUCAGCCUGGAGUCUAGUUUUAAAUCCCCAGCCAUCUCCACGGAAAAUGGUCUUAGCAUGACAAGAGCAGGCUAGGCAAAAUGAUUCUGCUGUGGUUUACCAUCGCCUUUCAUAGUACAGAGGUAAAGGGACAUCACAACUUCCAGUCUUGAACCCGUGAAGUAAAGUUGCCGCAGGUCACAAAUCUCUGACCCAACCAGGAAUCAAUGCAGGACCUUUAACUCAUCCAUCAGAAUCUCUUAACUAUGGAGCCAACAGGUUGAUUGGUGUUCGUAUACUCAGUGUACUAUUUUAUAUUUAGCGAUGUGGAUAUUUUUAUUUUAACUAUAAAGAAAAUAGGUGCUUAAAAUAUUAUGCACCAAAGUAAUGGUGUAAUAUUUGUUAAUAAAACUGCUUAUCAUGCUGUAUAUUUGAAAUGCAUUUAAAUAUAAAAAUAAAAAUGUUAUAAGUUAAUAAACUUUAUUCAUCUCUGAAUCUUAAAGUGUAAAAUAAUUUUUGCUUCAUGUUUGCUCAACAAAUAACCCGCAAAUGCUCGCGUCCCAAAAUGCAUGCAUGAAAUAAUAAUGUAUUAUGGUUUCAUGACAGGAAAAAAAAAAGUUCUUGUCACUUGUUUAUGUAAUAGGUACAUUAAAAUUCAGAUAAAAAUAGUGGCACUUCAUGACUAAUCCAAUAUAUAAUACAGUACUAAACCUUACACAUUCCUUCAGAAAUUUUUUUUUUGUAUUUUUCCUUGCUGCACUUUGUCAGCAGCUCUACGGUUUACAUUAAUGUAACAUAUAGCAGCACAUGUCAUUUUUUAAAAUUAAAAUGGUUUUGAAAAAUGGCUUUGCUUGUCUCAUUCAGAUCACAUAAAAAAUGUUAUUACAUGGUAUUUAGAUAUAGUCCUAUUAGAAUUUUCUUGGAAUCCUCAUUAAAGGUGUAAUAUACCUGAUAUUGUAGAAUAUUCACACUUCCUUUAUGGUUUCCAAAAUGUGAUGGCCUCCCCCGCCUCUUUUUUUUAUUAACUUCCAGUCGCGCUCCUAACAGUUGGAUAAUGCAUGAUGCACAUAGGCAGUGAGAUAAAGUAGCCAUUACAACAUUAGAUAAGGUGGUGGAAUGAGGGUAAUUCUUACCAGGAGAUAAAACUUAAAGAACAAAACCAAGGCCUGGUUUUAGACCCUCAUCAAUUAUACAUAGUUGUCACUGAAUAUUAACACUUUAAAAUGUUUGGUUCUUGCAGAUAUAAGUUUCAAUUUUUUUUUUUGCAAUUAUUUUAAUGUAAGCCUUUGUUUUCAUGUCUUUUAAUUUUAUUUUUCACAUACACAGAAGUAUAUUUUUUUUUGUGUUUUGAGACUUUUAAAGCUUGUUAUGAUUGAUGAAGAAUUAAAUUAUAUUUGAUUGCUUACUCUUCAUAUGUAUGAGUCUGUACCUCAUCAAAAUAAGGUGCUGUUUAAACUUAUUAGUAUUUACAUAAUUUUUUUUGCAGAACAUUGUUGGUCAUGUUAAGCUAAAUAAAAUAUAUCACAGUAAAAUUAUGACAUGACAAAGAGUAAUGAAGGUUGCAAUGGAAAAAUAGGUUUAGAACAUUUUUGUGAACACACAACAUUGCUAGUUUACACUGUAAGAAUGGACACAGAAAAAAUAAAUACAGAAAAACACAGGAAACAUGCCAAACUCAGCUGAUGUCAAAUGUUAAAUGUACAGUCAGCACACAGAAUUCCGUGUGCUGUCCAUACAUACACUAAGAGACAAUUACUGGCGGUGUGACGUAGCAAUAUGGCGAAAGCUGGAACUUGGCCGAGUAUGGGCUGAAAAGUACUUACAAUGUCCAGUUCCCGUUUUACGGUAGGAAGGAAGGGCUUCGCCCUAAUAACAUUACAUAUAAAACUGCAGUAAAAGGCUGGAGGCAAUGACGAUUACUUACGAUUGAACUGCGACCACGCGGUAGUGAACGUGAUACGUGGACAGUCCCCGAAGGACACACAUGAUGCCAUAGCUGGCCGAGUUGGGGAAAGCUGAAGGAAAGUGAUUGAACGGAUUGAUGGUGAUCAGAAUUCAUGUGGAAAAUGAAACAGUUGAUGCAGUGUCCCACGUCGUAACAUGCAGAUGAAUUGGGGACAUAUGAUGAACUACAGGUGUCGCUAACAGUAAAGCCAGAAUGUGAACAAAUUUUUAACAAGAGAAGGCCUGGGUCAUUAAUUUUUGGGAGAUACAUAGUGCCGAAAUAAACAGAAAAUGCCGUUUUCCAAGUGGAAAACUACUUUGGUAACUGUAUUGAAGUAUUGAGUAUGUGCAGUUGUGUGGGGAAUAUAAAAGCGCGGUUAGUAGUGUUGCAAUGACUGAGGUACAUCUAACAGAUAUAAUUUUCAAAUGGAUGUUAAGUAUUAUCUGUCACACAUUUGACGUUUAGUGUUGAAAACUAAUGGCAUGACUUGUAAAGUCUAAGAUUGUAAGACAUAAUUAAUUCAUAUUGCUGGCGAGACAAUUGAAAGGGAUGGUGCUUUUUGCUGUCCAUGAGCCAUAACAACAUAACUAAGCUGCAAAAUAAUGUAAUAUUCUGAAGUGAUGUGAGAAAUGAAACACCUUUAGCCAUGAUAACGUUUGUUUAUGCAACAUGCUAUUAACUGGGGCUUCCUAUUUGACGUCGGCCGAGGCUUCGCCCUGAGCCUGGACAGGCUCCGCUCCCUCCCGGCAUUUCACCGCGAACGGGUGUUUGUUUUGAAUUGCGCGCCAGGACCUCCCUCAUGAGGGCGCUGUAGAAGCAGUGCGACGGCCCCUAAUUAUGUAGCUAAUGAAUUAUUGUAACCUUUUAUUUUUAGCCCCAGUGUUUUUAUGUUCAAGCCAACGUGCUCUUUUAUACUUAAUUUAAUAAUAUAUUCUAGUUUUACAGACGUUGCGCGGACGAAUCCGCACGGACCGGAACUUGACCUCAGUUGUGAUUCUUUUAAGUCUCACUUUAAAUAAUUACAGAAGUGUUAAUGGUUUUUAAUUAAGAGUAUGUAUUGUGUUUUGUAAUUAAAUGAUGUGUUUUUUAAUUAUCUUCACUUUCGCCGGGGCACGGGAUCAUUAAUUAACGUAACGGUUUUUGUACGGCGGAAGUGCGCCAUUGCGAGGGUAGCGUCGCCAGUUCCUCUUCAAGAGCCAUCGAGAGUAGACGCGUCAGCACCCCGGGGGUCGCAAUCUUUGUGCAUCUGAUCAAGUAUUUCUGUUUUAUAAUUUGUUCCUAAAUAAUUUCAAUCUCUAGCCCUCGGGGCCGCUCUCGGUCGGUGGGACGUUUAAUUAAAUAUUUAUAUAACUCGUUACGAACUUCUUUGUCGCAGUCCACAGGAGACUCAUGGCGCAUGGCCACAUGGUUGGUCCACGCUUUACCUAAGUUGAUCCGUGCCCAGGCCUUUUACUGUUUUAAUGGAGAACGUGUAGGGAGGCGUGAGUUAUGUUAUUAAACCUAAAUUUUAACUGAGUCGUGAGUUAUAUUUUACGUAACGAGAAUCCAACCUUUGUACGAAUGUGGCGUGCCCGACGCCUAGAGCGGGCCAGGUUUAGUGUAGAUCGACACAAGCGAAUCAAUAGGGCUGGUAACUCGUCCCACAUGGGUCACGUCACGCCCUGAGAGAGAGGAUCGGCCGGUGUCCACGUGCCCAUUUCACGUGGUGGCGGCCAUAUAAACAUCUUUCCCCGUGAAGCAGUGGAGAAGAUAGCCCUCAUAUUGAUAGCUUAUGCUUGUGCAUGAAUACUGAUGGAUGUCUUGUGUGCAUAUUUGUAUAAAUAUGUAUAGUGGUUAUGCAUGUUAACACAUACUAUGGACACUUAGUGUGUAUAAGUAGAUCUUUAAUCAUUCUUGCCCAUAAUAAUGAUUUCAUUCCUCAAAGUUAUAGUUUUACACACAUUAUUGUUAUUAAUUUUGAAUAUUUUUGUUUUUUAAAAAUAAAUUUUAUCACUCGGAUAUGUUAUCUAUUUCUUAAAAGGAUCAUAAUAAAGAUUAGUUAUUUGUCAUAAAUAUUAAUGUUUUUUAUAUAAAUACAGCUCUAAAGUGUCUCGAAUGCAACCAAACUUAAUUUUUUUUUCACUAAUACAUUUUUUAUUGAAAUUAUCAUAAUUAUAGUUAUUUGAUCUGCUUACUUAUAUUUAAGUAUUUAUUUUGAUAGUCAUUCUUAAUAUAUACUUUUAAAAUUAGUUUUUAUUAUAAUGGUCAAACCCAAAUGGUUAGUAAGUAAUUUUGUACUUUGUAAUUUUUUGAGUUUCAUUGAAUACAAAAUAUAAAACAUUGAUUGGUUAGAUACAUUUUCAUUUUGAACAUAAAAUUGGGUCAAGUAUCCAUUUUUCUACAUGUCCUGCCAACUCCAAAAUGGCGUAGGUGUCGUUAGUGGCAGGUUACGAUAAAGGUCUUGGUUAGAUUCCCGGGUAGGGCAAGUUUGUUGAAUAUUUCAGCAUUUUGGCUUAUAAUUAAUCAGCUUUAAAGCUGUUACCUGUUUAAUCGGCCUAAGAAAUUGUUUUUAUAAUAAAAUAGGUUCUGAUUGUCAUGCUGUCAAAUGUUACAGUACAAAUUUUACAUGUAAUAAUUUUAGCUGCCAGAAAUAAAGAAAGAUAAAAAUUAAUAUUUUAAUUAGGUACUAAAUAAAUAUCUUAACUCUUUGUAUGAUUAAAUUUAAAAAAAAUAUAUUAUUUUAAGUCUAUUAUUUAUCAUAUGAAAACAAUUCUGCAAAUGUUGGUUUGGUACUUGCAGAACCAUUAAAACUUGUAUCUUAAAUAGUUAGAAGUGUAUAGUUUCCUGUCCUUGAUAAGGUCACAUUGCUUGGUGACACGCCAACUGUUCAUCACAGAUACAAUCCAGAGCUGUAGUGGAUGGAGCCAUUUUAUUUUUCACGUGUGGUACACAUGCUGGCCCUCGCACCAAGACCAGUUGUUCUCCGAAACAUGAACCUUCAUAAUACUAUAUGAAGUCCAGUACAUAUCCAUAGCACCUGGUAAGAGUGGAAGCCUGAUAACUUGCUAUAUUACACCAUAUUUAAUCACAAAUAAAUAUGCAUACAAAUUAGACAUUUUCAUCAUACCAACUAAUUUUCUGCAGGAAGGUUACACUUAAAGUUAAGAGAGCAAACACUGUUUUGUAUCUAGUAGAAUAGUUAGUAUCUUCAUGAAUUAAAGUAUUUUGAAUUGACAUUUUAGGUUAACAAAAUGGUCAUGUGACCAUAUUGUGGCCAAAUAUUCAAUGGUUUCAUAUUUUGAUUAGUGUUGUCAGAAUCAAUGUUUGCAAAAUUAUAAAAAAACUUUAUUUUUGCUAUGAUAAUUAUUCCUGUAUUGAUGCUGCAUGCUUCACAAACCAGUUUAUCACAAUAAUAAAUGUGUAUUAUUGUUGACAACUCUUUCUGUACAAUCUUUGUUAAAUUCAAUUAUAUAUAUAUAUUUUUUUCUUAUUAACCUAUUACUACUCCAACAAUUAGUGUUUAGUAUUCAAGAGUGAUGAUACGUAGGAAUACAUGUUCCAUUUACUGUACGAGAUUUGUGUUUCCAGUUGAGGCUGGAUGCAGGUGAGAGCACUUUCCCCCUCUCCCUCCGUAAAAUAUACACUGGAUAAAAUUACUUCUGAAAAUAAGUUUUUGGGCUAUUUUUUAAUUUGAAUUCUAAUGAAAGAUGGAUGAACAACUACUAAUAACUCAGUUUUACUGGGGUUGAGGUAUUCUAGACUCACUGUGGUUCUCCCCCCUAUCCUUAACCCCCAAAAUGCAUGAAGUGCUUUACUUGCUGAGCAGGAAAGCUGCGAACAAGUACUUCUAUUAUAAACUUGUGUGUUGCAAACCGGCAACUGAAGCAAAUGUGAACCCUGCCCUCGAUCCAGCUGUGGUAACAAGUGAAUACUGCCAGAUAAUUGCAUACACAUUUACUUUCUGCAUACCCAAAUGCUUCAUUUCUUAGUGUAUCGGGAGGUAAAAGGAAAAAAAAAAAACAUUCUUGGUUUAUUGUAUAGACAUCCAUCACAACCAAAUUUUCCCUUCAGAUAAUGGCAAAAUCACACCAAAAAUACCUCAGUAAAACUUGCAAACCUGUUUGAAAUACUGUCAAAACCAAGUUAUGUGUUUCCUACAUACCUACUUAGGUAUAUUUAUAUUGAUAUACUCGUGUUUCAGCAUCUUCUUACUGUAUUGAUAUUUGGGAUCUUCUUUUAAUAAGUAAAUUACACCAAUUAACACAAUUUUACAAGGUAUUUUGAGAGUAAUAACAUACUUGGAAUUUAGAGCAAAUACGCUCCAACUUUCUCAAACCCGCAACUAAAUAUUUGACAGUAAUUCCACUUCAAAAUUGAAAAUAUCAUGAAACACCCAAAUUUAUCAUUUUGUUAGGGAUUCCAUUCUAUGUACACAAAUAUUCUUACCUGAACUAAAGGUAACUGUAUCAUCUUUUUUACAUAAUUCUAAUGUUAUAUUUGAUCUAUGGAACAGUAUAAAUCUCUGGCAUAAGCUUCCAAAAAAAAAAAAAAAAAAGAAUUUUAACAAAACUAAUUUAAAAAUAGUUGCAAAACUGUUUAUUAACUCAGAUAAUCGCUUCACUGACAACACUUCCAUGAUACUUGUUGCAUGAUUUAUUGAAUUAAUACAUUUGACAAAAACUACGUUAUGUUUAGCAUGACUCUAAAAAGGAACUGAGAACAUGAAGAUGUAACUAACUAGUAUAUGUAUACUUUGUAACUUGUUAACUAUUCAGUCUUUGUUAACUAUUAAAUUGUGGUUUAAGGUACCUAAAACUACAGUUAUUUGUAUUUUAACUUUAACCCAUUAUAAGGUGCUUUUUGUCAUUUAACCCAUUUUAAGGUGUUUUUUGUCAAUCAGUUUAAUAGUUGAUUUUUAUGAUUUUAGUUAAACUAUUCUGUGUUCUUUUUAUUAUUUUUUUUACUAUGUGUUGCGGAGUCUUAAGUAAUCACAAAAAAAUUGAGAGUUGUAUUUAAGCCACAGUUUUAAUUAUUAUUGAUAUUGUGUGUGUUGUUGCAGAACUUACAAAAUGUUGUGCAUGAAAGUAUUCCAAGUUUUAAGUUUUGUUAAUUGGGAGCAAUUCAUGCCAGCUUGUCUGAGCUAACACAACUGAACAGGUGGUUUGAAUUACGUGUGUUUACCAGUGGCUAUUUCUUAAAAUAAAUGCAGUUUCUACUAGUUUAUAUAUACUUGAGAAAUUAGAUUUAAAUAUUAUAUCAGUACUAUAUUUAAAUUAUUUUCUAACAUUCAAAAAUAUCAAGAUACACACUCGAUGUAGAAGUCACUAGAUAUGUAGAUAUCUACAUGGAUUCACUUGCUCUUGUAGUGGCAUAUACCAUAAUAAUGUCACUUUACAAACCGUGCAGAAAACAUUUCCAAUGAACCAGAAACAAACUAAAAUUUUAGAUUAAAAAUGCACAUAGUGCUUCUAAAUGCCCCAGGAGUGCUGCCUGCCGGAGUAUGGCUGACUCUAAUCUGGAAGUGGAAAAAAUUAUUUCCAGAUAUCACUCUCUUCCUCGAUGCACGAAUCGAAAACCCCAAAUAAAUUUUCAUGCAACCACAAAUUAGCCAUUUUGAUAUUGACAUUUUUAUAGGAGGAUACUCUACCCUGGGGGGGGGGGGGUUUAGGCCCCUCCAUUCUGAUUGCAAUUUACAAUGGGUUAAAUAAUGUUUUCUGGUAAAAAAAAAUGGGAAUGAAUAUUAUAUAGUUUUUGUGCUUGGGCACAGUAAUAUUUACAUAUAUAUAAGGUUUUUAUUGAUUUUAUCGAGAACUAGCUUUAGUACACAUAUUUAUAAAUAAUUGAGAGUUUGCUUCGAAAUUAUAUUGCUAAAAUAGGAAAAGCAACAGAAAAUACUUACUUGAACGAGUAAAGAAAAAUUUGCCCUGUGCCAUGUGUUGUAACCACUGUGGUCAACGCACACUGAGUGAAGUAAGUAGUUUGCUAUGUUCUGUGAGCGACCUGUACUAAGCAAGUGCACACAGAGUGAUUUUUUCCACACAGUAUCCAAGAGUCUGUGCAGGUUUUGAGUAUGAAUAGAAUUUUAAACAAUUUAAGAAUAAUAAAAUUUAUUUUAUAUUAAUUCAGAAGAUUAAAAGAGCAAACAAGAAUUGUGUUAUUGAGUAAACUAUAAAAUAUAUUAAGAAUAUAAUUUAUAUAGAUUAGGUAGUUUAUCACAAUGUGAAUGAAACCACAUAUUUUUGCAUAUGUCAGAUGUAAAUAAUUUACACGUGCUACUAGGAUUCAUAGAAGGAGUAUUUUUGUUUGCCAACCUAUAUCAUAAGUAAUAUUUUAUAUGUGAAAAUAUUCUAAUUUUAAGCAUUGAAAUAAUUUGCUUUUAAGUUUGCCCUUUUCUCAGCUAAUGUUCUAGUUGAUUGUGUGGCAGCGAACUGCACUCGCAAAGAAGUCUCACGUGACACUUGAACUUUAAUAGUUUUAGGAGCGCAUGCAGGGGAGUCUAAUGACAAAUAAUAUAAUCAAACAAGCUGGAAAUGAAUAGAUAAAACUGUUCCAUAUCAUGAAGAAUUGUAUAUUUUGUAGGAUGGCAUAGCAUGGUUUUAUUCGAUUGGCUCCCUUACAUGUUCUUUAUAAGAGCAGCAUAUUGUUGGACUGGUUAGUGUUUCUUGAAGUAUUUUUAUGACCAUUUUUCAUCUACUGUUAAGACUUUUGUAUCAGCCACUGUAAAAAGUGGACAAAUAUUACAAACAAAUUAAGUUUUAUGUUUAAAAUGUUUUAAAACUAUAAAAAUAAUAAAAUUGAAUAUAACUAGCAUAUAUACAAGUAUUUUUAUCAUUAUUUAUAUAUCAAGUUUCCAUGCUAAUUAUAAUGUAUGAAUUAAUUAAUGGUAUUAUUAUAUUAUUAAAAUUCCACUAUCCACAACAUACAAAAUUAUUUUUGGCAACAUUGAAAAUUAUAAAAUAGAAUAGAAGCUGCAUCCACUGUGAGAGAAAAUUAUCACAAGUUGAGCAAACAUCUUUGAGCACUGUUAUGAGACAUAAAGCUGUUCUUAUGGCUACAUUGCAGUGUCUCUGAUUAGCUGUAUCAAAUAGAUUAAAUGUGAAAGAAUCACUUUUAUUUUCAAGUUUCAAUUUUCUAAGAACUAGAACUAGAACUAAACAAAACUAGAACAAAAAUAGGAUUUUCCCUCCCCCCCCCCCCCCCUCCUUUUCCCGGGUGCCGCAAGCACUUCCCUUAUCACGGGUGCCGCAAGCACUUCCCUUAUCACGGGUGCCGCAAGCACUUCCCUUAUCAUGGGUGCCGCAAGCACUUCCCUUAACACGGGUGCCGCAAGCACUUCCCUUAUCACGGGUGCCGCAAUCACUUCCCUUAUCACGGGUGCCGCAAUCACUUCCCCUAUCACGGGUGCCGCAAUCACUUCCCCUAUCACGGGUGCCGCAAUCACUUCCCCUAUAACGGGUGCCGCAAUCACUUCCCCUAUCACGGGUGCCGCAAGCACUUUCCUUAUCACGGGUGCCGCAAGCACUUUCCUUAUCACGGGUUCUGCAAACACUUCCCUUAUCAUGGGUGUAUUGCAAGCAC